AUGUUCAAAUAUUACUUGUAUUCUAUCAAAUAUUACUUGUAUUCUAUCAAAUAUUACUUGUAUUCUAUCAAAUAUUACUUGUAUUCUAUCAAAUACUAUAAGUAUUUUAUCAAAUAUUACUUGUAUUCUAUCAAAUACUAUAAGUAUUUUAUCAAAUAUUACUUGUAUUCUAUCAAAUACUAUAAGUAUUUUAUCAAAUAUUACUUGUAUUCUAUCAAAUAUUACUUGUAUUCUAUCAAAUAUUACUUGUAUUCUAUCAAAUACUAUAAGUAUUUUAUCAAAUAUUAUAAGUAUUUUAUCAAAUAG